CAAGCUGCAAAUCUUCACAUGCCUGUCAUUUGCUGGUAAUGAAAAGGCUUUAUCCAACAAUAAAUCGAAAAUACACGUCAACGAGAGAGAGAGAGAAAGAGAAUCAAGGAACUUGGGAAACUGAGAAGAGAGUGCCACCAAACCAAGAAAAAUGACUUUGUAUAUUCUUGAGCCUACAUUAUGCUUCUUUUUCUCUCUAUAUAUACGCCCUCUCUGGUCGUUGGUUCUUUCUUUCUCUUCCAUUUUCGCUUGGCUUCCAUUGGAGCAAAGCUCCUCGUUAAAGGUGAUGCUGUUGGUACGAGUUCUGCCAUUUGAAGAAGUUCGUUUGCGAAAUCUGAAUGGAGGCAUUUAACUGUUUACUGAACUUGUGGUGCUUCGCUGUUCUAUAGAUUAUGCUAUGAUCAAAGAUGCUACUAAACUAAAUUUAUACUUAUGUUGUUAGUUUGAAUGCAAGCAUGACAAUUGGAUAAAUUUACCUGAUAUUAUUCGUUGAAGGUAAUGAUGAUAUUUCAAAAAAUUCAUCCUGAUAAUGUAAAAGUUGGAUCACUUGCUCUCACUAUCAAGAGCUACACUUGAUGAAACCUCGAGUGACGAUUAAAGCAUGCAAUUUUCAGAAGGUAUUCUAAAGGGGAAUGGUCUUUUAUUCAAGAAAUGAUGGAAGUUAAUGGUAAAACUUCCGAUUGCAAUGAGAAGAGACCACUGGAAAAUUCCACACUUAGCUACGAACAAAAAAAUCCAGCCGAGAGUAGCACAAACACCUCCGUGUUUGUCAAUCAUGCUGCAAUUGCAUGGGAUGAGAGCAGAAGAAAUUGGGUCGGAGAUGCAUCCCAGAAGUCACUGAGAACGCCAAAGGAUCCGACUAUAAACUGGUCCACGACAUAUGAAGACCUGCUCUCGACUACCGACCCUUUUCCUCAGCCAAUUCCUUUAGCUGACAUGGUAGACUUUUUGGUUGAUAUCUGGCACGAUGAGGGGCUUUUUGAUUAGAUAAUUUUAUCGAAAUGCCUACUCAUGUCGAAGUAUCCAUGUUGCGCAUGACAAUAACCAUAACCUUUCCCCUCGAUUAUGCUUGGAUCUUUCAUUAAACGCUAUAAUGGAGAAAAGCCCUUCUGUGGUGGAUGCCGAACACGCAUACUUGUAGCAGCUUCAAGCUGUUCAUUUAUUCUUUUGUCGUUCUUGAACUGCACCGUUUUUCUCAUUAAUUGGGAGUACAUCUCAUGUUGGAAGUCAUAGUUGCUGUAACAAUACACUGAGUUAGAGAUAGUUGUAAACUAAAAGGGUGAAUAGCAAUUUAUCCCCAUGUGAUAU